AUGGCAGAUGUGGCAGAUGAUGUGGCAGAUGUGGCAGAUGAUGUGGCAGAUGUGGCAGAUGAUGUGGCAGAUGUGGCAGAUGAUGUGGCAGAUGUGGCAGAUGAUGUGGCAGAUGUGGCAGAUGAUGUGGCAGAUGUGGCAGAUGAUGUGGCAGAUGUGGCAGAUGAUGUGGCAGAUGUGGCAGAUGAUGUGGCAGAUGUGGCAGAUGAUGUGGCAGAUGUGGCAGAUGAUGUGGCAGAUGUGGCAGAUGAUGUGGCAGAUGUGGCAGAUGAUGUGGCAGAUGUGGCAGAUGAUGUGGCAGAUGUGGCAGAUGAUGUGGCAGAUGUGGCAGAUGAUGUGGCAGAUGUGGCAGAUGAUGUGGCAGAUGUGGCAGAUGAUGUGGCAGAUGUGGCAGAUGAUGUGGCAGAUGUGGCAGAUGAUGUGGCAGAUGUGGCAGAUGAUGUGGCAGAUGUGGCAGAUGAUGUGGCAGAUGUGGCAGAUGAUGUGGCAGAUGUGGCAGAUGAUGUGGCAGAUGUGGCAGAUGAUGUGGCAGAUGUGGCAGAUGAUGUGGCAGAUGUGGCAGAUGAUGUGGCAGAUGUGGCAGAUGAUGUGGCAGAUGUGGCAGAUGAUGUGGCAGAUGUGGCAGAUGAUGUGGCAGAUGUGGCAGAUGAUGUGGCAGAUGUGGCAGAUGAUGUGGCAGAUGUGGCAGAUGAUGUGGCAGAUGUGGCAGAUGAUGUGGCAGAUGUGGCAGAUGUGGCAGGUGUGACAGAUGUGGCAGAUGUGGCAGAUGCUGGCUUGCCCCAGGCUGUCACUGCUCCCCAGAGGAGGAUGCUGUGCUGUGGGCACAGGCACAAGGUGUGA